AGCGACUUGCUCCAUCCUGGUCUCCGUGCUCAUUGGUGGCCUGGGACGCCCAUCACUGGGGGACAACUUUCCCUAUCCGCGUCCCAGUCGGAAGUGGAAUUGAGUACCCUGUUCUCCAUUGGACCACCACGCCGUCCGUCGUGCGGCUGAAGCGAACGAGCGCUCCCCGGCUCUCGGGGCUCCGAGAACGCCGUCAUAUUAGCCGCUGGAGGCUGCAGCUACUAGCUCGUUGGCGAAUAAGACUCCCUACUCCUAUGUAGAACGGAGUCGGUGGCUGCAAUUUGAUUACGCCUUUUAACGAUUUGAACACUAGCUGCCAAAUGUUUUGAGAUGCUAGUGAUGACAUCACCAAGGAUCGUCGGACCUUAUGCGCUUUCUUCCGACGCUGUGGUGAGCCAAAAGGAUAUAUGCCUGCUCUCGUUCAAUAGCCAUUUUUUUGCAGACAAAGAAGGCUGCUGAAUAGGGCUCUCCAAAAAGCACAAAGGUCCCUGGGACUCUUUUUUGAAAACAAAUUCAACAAUAUGUGGAGUAACUUGAAAAGCAAAUGCCAAACUCUUUUUCACAGCAACAGUUCAGGAGCCAUUGAUAGCAGGAAUGAGGCAGAUGCCGUCCACUGUGUGGUGGAUCUCAGCCAGGGAGGGAGCUCAGGUGCGGCUCAGGCAUCAGAAGUCUCCCCUUCAUCCAGUAGCCUCCUUCCAGUGCCAAUGGUAACUGUAGGGCGUCGUCAUCACAACUGUGUCUCAAACACCCCUCAGAUAGUUGAGAUCACGAUUGACAAGGAGACAGAAGAUGUAGGUGGUGGAUCAGGGGGUGUGCCCUUGGCUCGCAGAGACUCUUAUUCUCGUCAUGCUCCGUGGGGGGGCAAGAAAAAACACUCGUGUUCCACAAAAACCCAAAGUUCUUUAGAGGUUGAUAGGCGUUCUGGGCGCCUGCGAGGAAGUGGAAACCGGAGAGAUCGGCGUUAUGGCGCGUGUUCCAUCCAGGAGAUGAGCGACUCUUUGUCUGGAGGACGCAGUUUGAAUGGUCGGUCGUUACGUCAGCGACUAAGCGAUACCGUGGGCCUCUGCUUACCACUGCCUGCUAACAGACGGUCUACGAAAAACCCUGUUAUUUCCAAACGAAAGAUUCACCUCACAGAGCUCAUGCUGGAGACCUGCCCCUUUCCACCAGGCUCAGACCUUGCCCACAAGUGGCAUUUGAUCAAGCAGCACACAGCGCCAGUCAGCCCACAUUCCUCCACUGCCCUGUUAGAUGCUUUUGAGCCAGCGCACCCAGCUCCUGAGGACGAGGAGGAACGUCUGCGCGAGCGCCGCAGACUUAGCAUUGAGGAAGGUGUGGACCCACCGCCUAAUGCACAGAUUCACACCCUCGAAGCGGCUGUGCCAGGCUCAUCUGUCUACAAACUGGGACCAAAGAUGGCUCCUGGCAUGGGGGAUGCCCCCGGUGAUGGCCGAGCCUCAGGAUCAGGAGCUUCUAGUUCUUUGGGAGGUUCAACAUCGGGGGCCUGUGGACAGGUGUUGGCGCCUGCUGCUUCAGCCCUGGACACUGACUCAGAGGAGGACUCGACAAUGCUCUGUCUACAGGCUCGGAGACCGAAGCAAAGGCACGCCUCUGGGGAAGGUCACCUGAGCAGACAGCAACCUGGGCCCUGGAAGGUUCACACCCAAAUAGACUACAUCCAUUGCCUUGUGCCAGAUUUAUUGCAGAUCACAUCCAUGCCGUGCUACUGGGGUGUAAUGGACCGCUACGAGGCUGAGUCACUGCUGGACGGACGUCCGGAGGGCACCUUCCUGCUCCGUGAUUCGGCUCAAGAGGACUACCUUUUCUCUGUCAGCUUCCGCCGUUAUAACCGCUCACUGCAUGCCCGCAUUGAACAAUGGAACCACAAUUUCAGUUUUGAUGCACACGAUCCCUGUGUUUUCCACUCUUCCACGGUCACGGGACUGCUGGAACACUACAAGGACCCGAGCGCCUGCAUGUUUUUUGAACCUCUGCUCACAGCGCCUCUCCAUCGGACAUUUCCCUUCAGCCUGCAGCACCUUGCACGGGCAGCCAUCUGCCGCUGGACCACUUACGAUGGGAUAGGCUCUCUCCCGUUGCCCCUUGCCUUGCAGGACUUCCUCAAGGAGUAUCACUAUAAACAGAAAGUUCGAGUUCGCUGGCUGGAAAGGGAGCCGCCGCUAAAAAUGAAAUAGGGAUUUUUGUCUGUUGCCUGUACAACCAUGUCGGAAGAUUACAGAACUUGAGAAAUGCCUCAUCAGGGGCUACACUGACUGACUUAAUUAACCUCUUUCUAGUGCAGGUUUGAGUUCAAAUGUAAACACCUAUACAAGAUCCAUUCUAAUCUUUAUUUUACAUAUUACUUAUUGAAAAAGCAUAUGAUUAUAUUCUGUGUAGUGCUGCCUGGCUAGCACAAAUUAUUGUGUUCAAUGAUAUAUAUAACUACAGUAUAAACAAUAUAUUUUUGGAUGAGGGAGGACAAGGAGAAGAAGCACAAAUAGUGCAAAAACAUCAUUGACCUCCGGUUCUCCCUUUACAUCUGCUCGAUCCCAAACAUCACCCUGCCUGUAAACCUGCAUGCAUGCCUCCCUAUCUAGCCCCAAAAGGUUCAAAUAGUGAUAAAGGCACAUUCUGUAGCUACGUUGUACAGCUCACCUUUUUUUGCACUCAGUUGUUUUUCUUGUCCAAACACACAGAGAAACACCUUCCCAUGUGAUUUUUAAGGUGUUUGAUUGUGAAGGCAUCUGGAAGUGCUUUUGGUAUGUUGCAUUCUGGCCUUGUCUCUAGGAUAAAACUACAUAAGCCACAUUCUUUGCCAUCCCUUUGCGCGAGCAUGAGCUAAACGAGACAGGCCCGUGGAGUUCAGGAAAGUAGAUCAGGGAAAUGAAUAGCUUUUUAAAGGAUUAUACAUUAUUUAAAACAAGCGUUUCUCGGUGAUUGGGAAGGAUCAAUAAUAAACAGGCCUUUUGUUUCCUACGUUGUAAGAUCAAAUUUGUCCAUUUUAUUCUCGCUAUAAAGAUUGGCUUAGUGCUCAUGCUACUAGAGUACAUUCUUCCUGGAUCAACUUACCGUUUUUAUCAGUUCAGUUGAAUAGUGUUAAAUUCACCAUCAACUUCAUUGAAACAUCUUCUAGUAAUCUUGACUCAGUGGCUGAGUGAAUUUAUGUUUGUCUUUACCAGCCGCUUGAAAUAUGUCCAUCACUACUUUUUUGCUAAAGAGGAAUGUGGGUACAUUUCAUAAUGAGUGUCAGAAGACAAAGAAUGCAUCUAAAAUUUGGGCUGUAGUUUCUCGUGGCUGUGUGGGUCACCUACGAAUCUGAAGAUUGAGUAUGAAAUGCGGUUUGAGUUAUUAGAAAGAGUACCGGUACUUGCAAAACAUGAAAAAUUUUUUGGGGGAGAAUAUGGAAUACAAAAGGCAUAAAUGAGGCUUUAUGAAAUGUUGCAGUUUGUGCCAUCGUAUUCUGUGCAUUAUGCAUCAUGCUGUGGUCAGAGUUAAAUUUAUUUGCACAUCGUCCUGUACAAUACAGAGCCAACCAUGAGACAUAAUGGCUUUCACAACAUAGUGGUGCUGGUGUUGCUUUGAAUCCCAAGGCCCCAAUACUUACCCAAGUUUAGUGGAACCUAUGUGCCUUUUGCCUGAAAUAAUUUUUUAUUUAAAUUAAGGAGCAAUUGUGCAUCACGGUCCACUAAUGCCAUCAAAUCACAAUGAAACAAAAUGUCAUGAAUAAGUGCAUAAGCUCUAAACUCUCUCUCUCUCUCUCUCUCUCUAUCUCUCUC